AUGUUGUUAAAGUCAAUUUUAUUUGGUUUAGUAAUUGCGUUAACGACAGCUAUCAAGAUUGAAAAUAUUCAAUUCUCAAAUCUGCAAAUUAGUCCUGCUCCUGGAAGCGAUUCGUAUCCUCACCAAGGUUGGAGAACUAGAUUUGAUUUUCAUAUUCCAAGCACAUCAGAUAUUAAGACUGAUGACUACUUUGAAAUCAACUUUCCACAUGUUUACAAAAUUGUUUUAGGCGAUAAAUGGCAUGCUUCCUUCAAUAUAUCAAUUCAAGAUGAACCUAUUUUUACGUGUACAGCUGUGCAAGCAAACUUUCGGUAUGAUGAUUCCACUCUAACUUGCAAAGCUUUGAAAGACUUAGGAAACUAUAGAGAAAUUUCAGGAUCAAUGGGAAUGCUUAUGAUAUUUAACAAUGGCGGUGCUUACCCAAAUGAAUUGCGCAGCGCUCCUGUUUUCAAAGCUGGCAAGAACACAUAUUCAGCUAGUAAUGAAUUAACCGCUGAAUUCGAUGCCACUGCUGGAAAAUACACCGAUAGCUUCUACUAUACUGGCCAUGACUCUGGAACUGGUUUUAUUGACCUUUAUAUGCUGGCAGAAAACUGUCCAAACGGUUACGCUUUAGAAUCUAGUCAUACUUUCCGCUUCGAUCAUACUCAUAACCUUGACUGUGCUGACCUUAUAGUAAAGAAAUCCAACGAGUUCAAUGACUGGCUCUAUCCUCUUAACGCCAUGGAGUUAAAUGCUGAGGUUACAUGUAACGUUAAUAAUGUUAUGGUAUCAGCUGGACAACUUGCACCCAAGGAGAGAAUAUAUGUCAAUGUCUUGCAGAAAGUCAACCCGGAUGAUGAACCACUAACCAAUACCGUUCAAUAUAAUUACGUUUGCACUGACACAGAUGCUGGUACAAGAUACACUACUGAAUUCGAAAAGACGGCCGUUGUAUAUAUCGCCCGUGGACUCGAGCAGCCUACCGCAACCGCAGAUGCUGUAGUUAAUAUUCCACCCACUAUUGCUCCAUCAACACACUCAAGGAGACUCGUUACGACUACAGUUACUGUUGUGGAAUGUAGUUCACACGUAUGCACUACUUCAAUCCAAACAACUCAUAUUUCACAUUCGACUACACCUUCUAGUCCAGCUCCUUCUAGUCCAGCUCCUUCUAGUCCAGCUCCUUCGAGUCCAGCUCCUUCGAGUCCAGCUCCUUCGAGUCCAGCUCCUUCGAGCUCGUCUUCAAGAUCUUCUUCAAGUUCAUCUUCUCCACCAGCGCCUUCUCCACCAGCGCCUUCUCCACCAGCACCUUCGAGCUCGUCUUCAAGAUCUUCUCCAAGCCCAUCUCCAACACCUUCUGGUCCAGCACCCUCGAGUCCAGCACCUUCUGGUCCAGCACCCUCGAGUCCAGCACCUUCUGGUCCAGCACCCUCGAGUCCAGCUCCUUCGAGUCCAGCUCCUUCGAGUCCAGCUCCUUCGAGUCCAGCUCCUUCGAGUCCAGCUCCUUCGGGUCCAGCUCCUUCGAGCUCGUCUUCAAGAUCUUCUUCAAUUCCAUCUUCUCCACCAGCGCCUUCUAGUGCUUCUCCAAGUCCAUCUUCCGGUCCUUCAAGCCCAGCUCCUUCAAGCCCAGCUCCUUCAAGCCCAGCUCCUUCAAGCCCAGGUCCAUCUUCUCCAAGUCCAUCGUCAUCCCCAGGUCCUUCUAGUCCUUCAGGAAGUUCAUCUUCUCCACCAGCACCUUCUCCACCAGCGCCUUCUCCACCAGCGCCUUCUCCACCAGCACCUUCUCCACCAGCACCUUCUCCACCAGCACCUCCUAGUGCUUCUCCAAGUCCAUCUCCAAGUCCAUCUCCAAGUCCUUCGAGCCCAAGUCCUUCGAGCCCAAGUCCAUCUUCACCUACUGUACCUUCUAGCGAAGCACCAACUAGUUCUCCUCCAGCACCAUCUCCUCCAGCAUCUAGUCCUUCGCCAAGUCCAUCUAAUCCAGCACCAUCUUCUCCUGAACCAUCUAAUCCAGGUCCUUCCACCCCCCCCGAAGUUGAAUCCACACCUAAUAUCGAGAUUCCUCCUUCAACUACUCCAAAUACCUUCCCAGGUUCGGUCAAUCCUAAAGAGUCUACUACACCAACACCUGAUGCAACCCAGCCAACAGAUACACCACUACAAACUGCUACACCUUCGGCUGAUACUCCUAGAGACGUUACCACGCUGAGCGGUAGCACCCCACCAACAUAUUCCAAUCCCGAUGGAACACCUUCCCCUACACCAUCUCCAAGUGUACCACCUGUUGGCCCACUCAGUGCAUCCAAUACUCCACCAGCUUCUCCAAACACAUUGAGCGUUUUCCAAGGUGCUGCUGCUGUAAUGAAGUUAUCCAACUACGAAAUGGGCUUACUUGCUCUAUUACCAUUCCUAUUAUGA